GUUCAUGCUUACCAAGUUUCUUGACAAAACUCAGUAAGUGAAUUUUCAUUUGUUUAUAGUUCAGGUGGCUUUUUUUUUUAUUCUUUCAGGAUUUUGAACCUGUUCUCUCCCGGAGAAGAAAGUGUACUCCGGUGUUAGUGCGUCCACAAUGUCGGGUGUGCAAUCAAAAGCAGCCAGGCUUCAAAAGGAGCACAAAGACAAGCCGUUAGUAGACACGGAGAGGGCAAUGGCCGCGUCAGAGGAUUUAAAGUACACUGACGUAUCGGCAGUCAUGAUGAAGAAGUUUAAUGCUUUAAUGGAAAUGCAAGACAUGAUGUUUGUAGAGAUGAGAGAAAGCCUUAAAAAUGAUCUGAAGGAAAUGCUGGUUAAACGAACACCACCUGAGGUGAAGAGUUUGGAGGACGGGAGAGCGCAGCAAGAAGGAAAACAUUCAGCUGCAAAACGGCCAGAGUCGGGAGAGAAAGUGGAAGAAGAAAGUUCCGGAACAGAUGACACCGAAAAGCUCACUGUGAAAAGUGAGGCCAAGAGCAAGCUGAGUAAUAAGCAGGACAAAAAACAACUCAACAGCCACCGGGGCGGCGAGAAACCCUCACCAGAGAGGAUGGGAGACGCCUUGCAUCGUGUAGGUGACAGGUGUUGGGAGAGCAGUGGCCAGGUGGAUGUUCUAGGAGAGGAACCCAAGACGGGGGAGGACAAACCAGCCAAGGAACCCAGACAUCAGAAUAAAGAGAACCCCCUAAAUGCCUCCGGAGAGGGCAGCGCGCCACCAGAGGGAGCCAUCCUUAGGCUGGCUGCGGACUUCUCCUCGGCCACCCUGGAUAUCAGCAAGCAGUGGGGCCGCAUCUUCCGCCUCCUGAAAGAGAAGGAGCUGGAACCUGAGCUGCAGUGCUCGGUUAAGCUGGCCUUUAAAUGUGACGGUGAGGCAAAGACCUUCUCGGACCUUUCCAGCCUCCGGCAGUUCACCAGCACAAAGCCUUUUCUGAAAGAGUUGCUGAAAGACGUGCUCCCACAAAACGAAGCAAGAAACGGAGGAAGACGGAGUGAGCUUCAAGAAAGAAUGGGAAAAACUCUAGGAGACACAAAGCGCGAAGCUAGAAGAAUAGCAAGUGAUAGUUUGAGCUUCCUAUUCAUCAACGAGGUAAAAGUUGCUAGUCCAAACGUGAAGACUUACGAAGAGGAAACGCUGGAACAGAAGGAUAAAGAAACUCUCAAGCUGGAGAGACAGGAGGCCUCGAGGGCAGAGGAGGGAGAAGAGACUUCAGAGGGAGAAGCCUCAGAAAUGGGGGAAGAGGAUUCAGAGUUGGAGGAGGAGGAGGAAUCAGAGUUGGGGGAGGAGGAACAGACCUCAGAGGAGGAGGAGGAGGAGGAGGAGCAUUCGGAGAUAGGAAAGGAGGAAGAGGCCUCUGUACUCCAUGAAACACAAGACUCAACUUUCCAGGGCCUGACUGUGGUACAAGAUCAUGGAGUUGAGAAAAUCACCAGGAGUGGUGAGGAGAUUGGUUUAAUUAGUUUGAUAGUAGAAUCAGAAGAAGAAGGAAAUCUAAAGAAGAAUUCCCAGACCAAGAAAAAGGAGACCUUCCAUGGACUUAGAGAACUUGCCUUUAGCUACUUGGUCUGGGACUCCAAGGAAAAAAAGCUGGUCAAGUGCCAGGAGGGAGGAGCAGCUGCCUUGACUAGUCAGGGGAUCGGGACACCCUGUCUAACGCUCUACUUGGCUUCUCCAUUAGAAUCCCUGCAGGCAGGCAGUGAUGGUCCUAAAAGCCAUUCACAUCCAAACCCGAGUGUCCCAUCACAAGUCACUCCACUUUUAAUGAACACAGAGAAGGGGAGAUACAAAACUCUCCAAGUGGCAGAGCUGACAGCCAAAGAAGCAGACUUGAUGCAUGCAACCGAGGAAACCUUCAGAAGAAGUGUGAUCAGCACUAUCCGACAGAUGCAGAGGGAGGUUGAGGACAUUAAGAAGCUUUACUUCUUUGAUGUCCUAAACAUGAAGAGUUCAGUGGAUGACCUGAACUCCUUGGCGUGCAUGAUUGAAGCGAGAGUGAAUGAGCAGGAAGAUGCAGUGGAGGGGCUAACUAAGGAGACCAUGCAGCUGGCCAAGGAGAUCGUCGAUAAGGAAAGGCUGAGGGAGAGAGAGGACAGACUGCGGAGCUCCAACAUCCGAGUGAUAGGAAUCCCAGAGAAAGAAAACCGCGAGAAUGGAGCAGAGGACAUCAUCAAGGAGAUAAUAGAAGAAAACUUUGCUGAGCUAGAAGACUCGAGUCUUGAGAUUGUCAGUGCUCAUCGAAUCCCCAACGCAGUGGAUGAACACAGACUCACACCCAGACACAUCUUGGUGAAGUUUUGGAGUGCUGGUGAUAAACAGAAGAUCCUCAAAGCUUCUAGAGCAAAAAGAGAAAUCACCUACAGAGGGUCAAAAAUCAGGCUGACAGCUGACUUAUCGCCUGGCACUAUAGAUGCCAGAAGUCAGUGGUCUGGGAUCAUAAAAAUUCUGCAAGAAGAAGGCUUCCAACCGAGAAUCCUUUAUCCUGCCAAACUGGCAUUUGAUUUUAGGGGUAAAACUAAAGUAUUUUUUGAUAUUGAAGAUUUUAAGAAGUUUGUUUCUGAUAUACCCUUUUUGAAAGAACUGCUGAACGAUAUACUUUAGCAAUCUGGAGUGCUUUCUGCCCACCAAAGUACAUCCAAAAACCAAGUAAAAUUGGACAGUGAACCAUCCCAUCUCUGUCCAGAAGGGUGGACAGCUGUCUUUUUUUUCCAGGAAAGGGAAAAAGCAACUCACUGCCUGAAUGUUGGUUGAGUUAGCAUGCGUGGCUUUUAAAAAUAGCUGCAUACCCUGGCGAGGAGGGAUCUCCCCAGCGUAAGCACACACAGGGCAAUGUACUUAGGGCCACAGUGGGAAACGACAGAAUAGAAUAGCCACAGUCUGACUGAAUCAACACAUUACUCUUAUCAUUUGCCAUGAUGUAAGCUUUUAUAUUAAAACUUGAAGUUUGA